CGCAUGCGUAGUGUCAGUGCGUCAUGUCUGGAAAAUAAACAGCGAACUGUGUAACUCCUCGUUACUUUAAAACUGGAUCAUUAACGGCAACGAGGAGCCGUUUGGAGAGAAAAACUGUGGUUAUAACUUACACUAAGAUGGAUUUCACUAUUCGCGCCGCCACCCUUGAGGACUGUAAGGACAUCAGACGCAUGAUGUCUGAGCUGGCAGAGCAUGAAAAAGUUGCAGAUCAAGUCACAAUUACAGAAAAAGACCUAGAGCAGGAUGGAUUCUCUAAAACCCCAUUCUUCCACGCCAUAAUUGCAGAGGUUCCAGAGCAGUACAAGACCAAAGAUGGUCAUACAAAAAUAGGUUUUUGUAUGUACAGCUACAGUUAUAGCUCAUGGAAAGGCCGGACAGUAUACAUGGAGGACUUGUACGUGAUGCCAGAGUUUAGAGGAAAGGGCAUUGGCAAUGCCUUGAUGAGCAAAACUGCACAGCUAGGACGAGCUGCUGGUUGCGUUCAGAUCAAUUUUGUUGUGUUGAACUGGAACAGUACAGCUCUGGGAUUCUACCGAAACCAAGGUUGCACAGACCUGACCUCUGACCUUCGUUACCAUUACAUGAGCUGCAAUGGGGAGGCCUUUCAAAAGUUGGCUAAUAGAUAUGCCUAAAUUUCACGUUCAUUUUUUUAUUUGUUCCAUCCACCCCCAAUUGAAUGAAGUUCUCUAAGUGAGAAAUUUUAAUUUCUCUGUUUUGUGAGUGUAGACAGUUUUGAAUGUGUUUUUUUUUUUUUUUAAAAAAACCACUCUUUUAAAACUGGUGCUCACGGGACAAUUAAAAAAAAGUUUUAUUGACCACAGCAUAUUUGUUACAUGCUAUGGUGCUGAUUGAUAUUUGUAUUUGUCUUGUAAUAAAUAAUCACAUGUAAACAAAACUAAAUUGACAUCCAAUGGCAUAUAUUGUAACUGUGGCAGCCUGAUUAAAUAAAAAACUUUUACUGUCAAAUUUUGACGUUUUUCUAAAAUAAAAUACUGACUUUGGAUUUACCUCAAUGAGUAACAUUUAAGGGCUUAUUAUAUCCAAAUUUGUGGGUGAGAAGAAAGGUUUACUGGGGUAAAUGUUUACUUUAGCAAUCAGCAUAAUGCACAUCAGGGUCUUUCUUUACUUCAGGUACUCUUCACAUUUAAACAUGAGCCUCAACCUCCCUUAAUUGUUUGCAAUUAUAUCAAUAGAGCAAUAAAUGCUU